UCAUCAUCUGAAGAUCAAAUCUCUCUCUCAUCGUCUGAAAAUGCUCCGAUUGAUGACGAUGAACCUAGCCAAAUCAAGCUCUCUGCUCCGAUUGGAUUCAUAACGCUCAAUUUCAAAGAACGAAGUCCAAAUCUUGUCAGAUCGAAGCUACGAACUUGCAUAUUUGAGUUUUAGAGCCAAAGAUGUCUUCGGAUUAUAGCGAACCUAUUACUGCUGAUGAUGCCGAGUUGGAUGACGAUGUAUCUCAAGGACCCACAAAGAGGAUUCGAAAACUAACUUCAAAGGUAUGGGAUGACUUUGUCAAAUUUAAAGGACCUAAUGGAAAUGACAUAGCUAGAUGUAAGCAUUGCAAUAGGGAAUUUGUUGGAGAGAGUAGGAAAGGGACUAGUCAUUUAAAAAAUCAUUUGUCGAAGACAUGUCCAGUACUUAAAGGACCAAAUGCCCCUAGGAAUGCUAGUAAGGCUACUUCUGAAUCUACUUCUAAGGCUGCAACUUUUAAAUUUCAUUAAGAGAGAAGUCGUAUGGAUUUUUGUAGGAUGGUAAUCAAGCAUAAUUAUCCUUUUAACAUGGCUGAGCAUGAAUUUUUUGAAAUAUUUUGCAAUAAUCUUCAGCCAAUGUUCAAACUUGUUUCUUGUAACACUGUUAGGCCGGAUGUCCUUGAUGUUUAUGAAAUAGAAAAUGCCAAGUUAUAUCAAUUUUUGGAUGAACUCUCUUCUAAGAUCACCUUGACAACUGAUAUAUGGACUUCAGACCAUCAGAAUUUUGCCUAUACAUGUUUGACUUCUCAUUAUGUGACUAAUGAUUGGGAGUUGAAGAAGAAAAUCCUUGCUUAUAGACGCAUUGAUUACCCGCAUGAUGGAGACCAUUUGUUUAGUUUUAUCAAAGAUCUAAUUUUAGAGUGGAACAUAGAUAAGAAGUUAUUUUCAAUGGUAGUCGAUAAUGCAACGAGUAAUGAUGUCAUGGUGAGACUCUUAAAGCGAUGGCUACAUGACCAAGGAUUACUACAUUUGGGUGGACAAUUGUUUCAUGUGCGUUGUAGCGCGCACAUAUUGAAUUUAGUUGUUCAGGAUGGUUUGAAGGUGAUUGGUAGUCUUAUUUCAAAAAUCCGAGAAAGUGUGAGAUAUUUAGGGAGGUCUCCUUAUGGAAAACAAAAAUUUGAUGUUGCAGUGAAUCAUGUUAAGUUACAUCAUAAAAAGAAAGUCCCCAUGGAUGUUCCUACCAGAUGGAACUCCACUUAUUCAAUGCUUGAAGCUGCAUUAGAUUUGAAAAGUGCAUUCCACCGCUUAGGGCAAAUUGACAAACAAUAUAAGCACAAUCCUUCUGAGGAUGAGUGGAAUGUAGCAAAUGUGAUUUGUGGGUGCUUGAAGAUUUUUUUUGAUGCUACAUCUCACUUUAGUGGUACCACUUUUCCGACUUCAAAUGUGUUUUUUCCCGAUAUUUGUCUUAUUCAACUUGAAAUGAAAAAAUGGGAGCAAAGUGAGUAUGAUUGCAUUCAAUUGAUGGCUGGUCCAAUGAGAGUGAAAUUUCAAAAAUAUUGGGAAGAAUGUUCUUUGGUGUUAGCAAUUGCAGUGGUUCUUGAUCCGAGAUUUAAAAUGGACUUGGUGGAAUACUACUUUGGGCUUAUUUAUGGUGUUGAUGCUAAUAAGCAUAUUCAGAGGGUCCGUAAUGGUUUUGUUGAUCUUUUUUAUGAGUAUAGGAGUGAUUCUUCUGAUUCUAUGAGUAGCAUUGCACUUGUUUCUGAAAAUAGUAGCUCAAGUGGUAGUCAGUUGCUUGUCGGUUCUUCGAAACAAGAAAGUUUGGCUGCUUUUCAUGCGUGGUAUGCCCAAGAACGUGCUUCUAACAUUCAUGCCUAUCAAAAAUCAGAGGUGGAGCAAUACUUGGAGGAGUUGGUGUUUCCAAGUAAUGAGAGCUUCAAUAUUCUACAUUGGUGGAAAGUGAAUAAAGCAAAAUUUCCUACUUUGGCAAGGAUAGCUCGUGAUGUUUUAAGUGUUCCUGCUACUACGGUUGCAUCAGAGGCGGCGUUUAGUGUAGGAGGUAGGGUGAUUGAUGAGACACGUGCUUCAUUACUUCCAGAUAUUGUGGAGGCCUUGAUCACUUGCCAUGAUUGGAUUGAAUCAACCAAAAAUAGAAAUGUAGAAGAAUGCAGACAUGAGUAGAUGGAUUGAAUUGAAUCGAAUCACUUGAAGUAGAUGGGUUUGAUAAUGAGCUUAACAAAGUGGUUGCUAUUAAAGUUAUUGACUUGGAAGAAUCAUGUUUUGGUGGCUGAUGUUAUCGUAGUAGAAGCAAAGAACAAGAGAAGAUACUGAAGAACUAAUAGAGAAGACCAAAAGAGACACAAACAUGUUUGGGAAACUAUUGUUAGCUCUCAGAUAGUAUAGCAUAGCUUGUUCUUCAUAGGAGUCUUUCAUGAGUUUUUUCUGGUUUUACUUUUGUGCCAAAAGUGUGUCAUAAAAUUCUGACCUCUUGUAAGUUAGAGAAUGCAGUGGCAAUGUUUUGGUGGCUGAUGUUACUUUUU